AUGGUUCUAUCACCCGCAUGUGUGCGCUCCCCGCCACUCGCGCGCGCUCAGCUCUGGGCCAAGUCGCAGCUGCCGUUUCUGACGGAGUGCCAGGCGGCAUGGAAGCGCAGUUUCAGCGGAUGGGACGCCACCUCCAACUGCAGCAAGGCCGUGUUCGUCACAUGCGACCAGGACGGCAUGCUCACCUCCAUGGGCCUCUUGUCGCAGUCGCUCACAGGGUUCCUGCCAUCAUCCGUGGGAGCUGCCACACGACUCUCCAAGCUCGGCUUCUACAACAACAUGCUGAGUGGUUCCAUUCCAGACACCAUUGGCAACCUUGUCUCACUCGAAUCCUUUGAUCUCUCCGCCAACAACUUCUCAGGAGGCUUGCCUGCUGCUAUUGGGAAGCUCUCUUUGCUCACUUUCCUGUCGGUGUCUCAGAACCGACUGGCUGGCGCUAUUCCCAGCACCAUCUCCGCGCUCUCCAACCUCGAGCAGCUGGGCCUGUACAACAACUCGUUCUCGGGUUCCAUUCCCCCUGCCAUCUAUGGGCUCAAGGCCCUCACCGUGCUGGAGGUAGGGCGCAACUACUUCACAGGGUCGUUCCCCUCACAGUUUGGUACCCUGUCCAACCUCGUGUACCUGGAGGCAGGCAACAUGGGUCUUACAGGCGAGCUGCACUCGAGCCUGGGCAACUUGAAGUAUCUGCAGGCGCUCUAUGCGCGGGAGAACGCCCUCCAGGGCAGCAUCCCUGCCAUUCUGGGUAGCCUCAGCCGCCUCACCGCCAUUCAGCUGGGCGGCAAUCAGCUCACCGGCUCCAUCCCUGCUUCCUUCUCCAACCUCGUCAACCUGCAAGGCUUCUACAUGUGGAACAAUCAACUGAAUGGGUCUCUGAAUGUUAUCACCAGCUGUACCGCCCUGCAGCAGCUAGCCAUUCAGUACAACCAGUUCACUGGGUCCAUUCCCCGUGACGUUUGGAAGCUCCACGCUCUCAACCAUUUUGGUGUUGCGAGCAACAUGUUGACGGGAGCCAUUCCAACGACCAUAGGCAGCCUCGUCAACCUCACCACCUUCAAUGUGUCUCAGAACAUGCUAACCGGCUACCUACCUGUCUCCAUGAUGGCCCUCACCAAGCUCGAAUACCUUGAGUACACGCCACAGGUCCCUCCAGGGCUGGUGACGUGUCCACCGAGUGAGAAGGUGCAGUGUGGAGCGAUGGAAACCACGGGCAACAGCAUCAUCGUGCCGUACUGCAUCAAGUGCUCCGACUUCUGCAUCUUCUGCUUCGUGCAGAUGCGAGUGGGUCCAGGUCCCUUGGGGUCGGCAAAGGCAGCACCAGGGGCCGUGGAGGGUUCGACGGUAUGUCGGCAGCACCGACUGGACGUGCUGGCAGCGGCCUCGGGCAUGGAGUGCGAGUGGGUCCAAGGGUCCCUCGGGGCCAGCGCAGGCGGCGGGACCGGCGGUGUGUCGGCAGUACCGGCUGGACGUGCUGGCAGCGGCAACGGGCAUGUGAACGAGAUGGCAUCGAAGCACCACCCACACCUGGUGCGGCUGCUGGGGUUCUGCAUCGACGUCAACGAGGCCACGGAGCAGACGGAGCAGAUCCUCAUCUAUGAGUUCAUGCCCAACGGCGACCUCGAACGCUGGCUCGGCCCCGGUGCCGCCCAGCCGCUCUCUCUGCUGCAGCGCUUGGAUGUGAUGAUCGGAGUGGCGGAGGGGUUGCAGUAUCUGCACAGCUUUGGCAUCGUGCACCGCGACAUCAAGCCCGCCAACAUCCUCAUUGAUAGGAACAUGCAGGCAAAGGUAGCCGAUUUUGGGUUGGUGAGGAUGGGCGAGGGCACGACCGUGGGAGCCACGCGGGUGAUGGGCACACCGGGCUAUGUGGACCCGGCGUAUUUCAAGUCUCAGAAGGCCACUCCUAUGGCUGACGUUCACAGCUUUGGAGUGGUGAUGCUCACGAUCCUGACGGCACGCAAGGCCAUCUACAACUCGGACGACAACCAGAUCAACCUCAAGCAAUGGGUGGCCCCGUUCGUAGCAGCCAACGACGGGGUGACCUUCAAGGACCCCUCUCUGGAAGCCCCGCCAGACAUUAUCCUGCGCCUGGCACGCCUGGCUCUCAGCUGCACCGCCAUGCCCACUGCCCUGCGCCCCAACAUGAUCAAAGUGCUUGCUGAAUUGGAGGCUCUGCGCGAGGAGGUGCGCGGUGCGACAGGGGAUCAGAUGGCGAGGAGGAUUGACCGGGAGAUUGACGACACGCACGGGCAUGACUUGGAAGAGGAGGUGGCGAACGCGAUUAGGAUAGGGUCGAGUGGAGGUGGAGUGAGUGGGGAACGGAGUGAGUGA